AAGAGAGAAUCGCCAACUCCGGGCCGGCACGGACUUAUCCGGGUCCGGCUAUGAACAAGUACUUGGACUGGGCCAGCCGAAUUACGAUUUACCAUCGGCCGUGGGCGAAUUUGGCUGGGCCCAAAGAGGCCUUGUUUGAUCCAAAGGGUAAGUUGAGUACCGAAUACUACGGGAUUUGGUCGUGGCUCGAGGCUGGUGUAUCGACCCAAAAGCCAGCGAUGGGCCUUCCUUUUUAUUGCCGGACUUGGGUUCUGGAGGAUCCCUCCGAUCACGGGAUCGGGUCGAACGAAGGUUGUCGGCUGUCGCGGUGGGUCCCCGGUGAUGGGGUUUUAGGAUACGACGACGAACAAGGCAAGCGUUGUUCAUGACAGGGAGACGGUGUCGUAUUACUCGAUGGCCAACGGGUCUUGGGUCGGCUACGAUGAUAAAAAUGUCCAUUGAUGCGAAGAUCCAGUUUGCUCAGAAUCUGGGCCUUGGGAUAGUUCUUUUGGGCCCUUGGACAGUACCGGAACUUUGAUAUCCCAAUGUCAGAUAACCAUUUCUGUCACUGCUCACCUGUGCCUGAGGUGAUUUGAAUAUUAUGCUUGACGUCAUAAAGGGGUUACUACGUCAUGCUAACUAGGGCCAUAAGUUUAAUUCUAGUAUUUGGGAUAUACCGAAUAUCUUAUCAAAUUUAUCAUUAUUUGGUAUCACCGAAUACUGACUUAUUUUUUAGGGAUUGAGAUUCAUUUUGGAGUGCUAUCUGGUAUUUAGGAUUACGAGGUUGAGAUCGGUAUAUACCGAAAUACCAAAAAUUAAAAAUUAAUUAAAUAUAACAUACAACCUUUGGUCAUUCAUCACUCUUUGACAACUUAGAAGCCCCUAUCCAACUCAAUUUUGACUUUCCAAUUUAAGUCAUUCUCAUCUCGCACCUAAUCUUUUGUUAUUUUCAUAACACCAAAAGGUAAACAUUAGUAUUAGUCGUCUCUCAGCCUCUGAUUCCUCAAAUAAAAGAUUACCAAUGACAAGAAUUUAAAAUGUCACCUCUCCUCCAUUCUUCUUAUUCAUAUCCUAGCUCUAGACAAACUCAAAACACUUUGCUUAGUCUCUUUGCCCUAAAUUAAACAAAUAAAUCUAAUUUAUAUAUUUAAUUAUUCAUUGUCAAGGUAAUUAAUUUCGUGUUCGAUAAUAUCGAUUGAGAUACCGAAGUACUGAUUCGGAUACUGAAAUAUUUAGGGAUUGGGAUACCGAAAUUAUUUAGGAUUGAGAUUGGUAUUAUUGGGAUUGAUUUUAGGGUGUAAUUCAGUAUUCAAAAUUUUGGUAUUUGGUAUUGGGAUACUAAUACCUUACUGAUUUCCACCCCUACUGCUAACGUUAUUGGACCGUUAUCUUGUUCAAUUUGAAGAUAAGGAACGCACAGUACUAAUACAAGUACUAAUACAAAGACGUUAUUAUGUACUAAUUGAUUCUCUUAUUAACACGUGCAAUUGUGAUGUUUGAAGUUGGCAUGUUUUAACUUUUAACUAACUAGCCCCAGAAAAUUUAGUGAAUUAGAGUUCAGUGGUUAACCAUUAUAGAAUUGUUGGUUGGUCGUUGAUAGAAUCGUUAAUGAUAUAUAACAUACAAGACUUGUAUAUUACAUUAAUUUAAGAAAGAAAUUAUCAUUGACCAUAAACAAUUUCAAAUUCAUACCAUUUCCAAAAUAUCUAAUAAUUUGUUCAAACCGACUCACAAAAGAAAUCAUAAUAUUUUUAAUUCAAGUUAAAAAUUACGGUGCCACGUAAAGUAGACAACAAUAUUGGAAAAUGAGAAGAAGGUGCUAUAAAAUUAAUAAUUAUGGUUUGAUGGUCUUAGUUUAUGUGAAAGUAUUGGACUUUGCUACGGUGACAUGCAUGUCACGGUGACAUGCAAUUUUCGGUCGACCUCAUAUAGGAUUAGGUCGACCCAAUAUGUUGUUUCAGUGUAAAAACAGUUUCAUGGUGCCUACUUUGGAGAUUCAUAUCUUACAAUUGGCUAGAUGGAAAUUGGAGAUUAAAGGCUUGUUUUGAAGCUGAAGUGUCCCUCUACACAUUAAAGUACUUGAGAGCUCAAUAGAAAGUCCAAAAGACCAUUUUUGAACCUGGCCAAAAGGCUAUGCCAAAACUGGGAAACUGCCUGAAAAUGGCUAAGUUUGGUAACGUGUUUGUCAAGCCUACUUUGGAGCUCAAUUUGAGAAGCAUGGAUGCGAGUCAAGUCCAGGGGCCUCUAGCACGUUAAAUUACGUAUUUUAUUAUACAAAGGUAAGGCAUUGGAUGAAAGAUUGAAUAUCUUUAAGGCUUCAAACAAAAGGCUCGAAGUUGCUACAAAUGCUGUUUUUCUGCCAGCUUGCUUGUGCUCGAAGUUAGCCAGAAAAACAGCCUUCGUAGCAACUUCGACCCUUUUGUUUGAAGCCUUACAGAUAUCCAAUAUUUCAUCCAAUGCCUUGAAUUUGUAUAAAAACAUACCUAAUUUAAUGUGGUAGAGGCUCCUGGACUUGACUUGCAUUCAUGCUUCUCGAAUUGAGCUCCAAAAUAGGCUUCACAAACACGUUUCCAGACUUGGCCAUUUCCAGACAGUUUCCCAGUUUUGGCAUAGCCUUUUGAUGAGGUUCAAAAAUGGUCUUCUGGACUUCUUAUCGAGCUCUCUUCCACUUCAAUAUGUAGAGGGAAACUCCAGCUUCAAAACAAGUCAUUAGUCUUCUAUUUCCAUCUAGCCAAUUGUAUGAUAUGAAUGUCCAAAGUAGGCACCAUGAACUGUUUUUACACUGAAACAACAGAUUAGGUCGACCUGAUCCUAUAUGAGGUCGACCGAAUCCUAAAUGAGGUAGACCAGAUCCUAUAUGAGGUCGACCUAAUCCUAACCGAGGUCGACCUGAAAGUGCAAGUCACCAUGACAUGCAUGUCACCGUAGGCACACCCUAAAGUAUUUAUUUUAAAAAAAAUAUAUUUGUGGUUAAAAUAGUGAACCAGUGGACCCGUUAAACCGUGAAAAAUUGUUUGAUCCAUCAAUAACCGUUCAAAUAAUAAACUGGACCACUAUCGCAACUGGUUUGACGGUUCUACUGGCUCAACCAUUAAUCUGGUUUGAUUCUUAUACCAAUGUUAAUUUGUACUGUAACACAGAACCACUAUAUGUUACGGCUGUCAUUUCGCUUGCCGGUUAGCGGCUAAUCGGAAACCGAAAAAACAGAGGGGUGGUCAGUUGACGGAAGGGAUUAGUGGUCAGGCGGUUAGCCAAGAAACCAAAGUCGGCUAACCAGCUAACUGACCGAGAUGAAACGACGUCGUUUUGCCUAUUCUUAAAUACACCAAUUCCCCCCCCCCCCCCAACUCUAGCACUGCUGGCCUUCGUUCUCCCUCAACCCUCACACACUCUGCGACUGCCUCUGCCCGCCGCCUCGCCUCGACGACCUCCUCCUCCCCGGCCCCCGCCGUGCCUCGCCGCCUCCACAGUCAAGGUCAAGGAGAAUCAAAUCGGCACCCCCCCCCCCCCCCCCCCCCCCGCGCCGCGGCGCCGCCUCCUCCACUGCUCGGCACCAGGCAGAAUAAGGAAAGAGAGAAGCUCGGUCUGGGAGAAGCUCUUCUUCUUGAUUCUGGGCCAGACCGCCAGAAGCAGAAUCAUCACUCAAAUUUUAGGCGAUUUUAGGUUUUCUUCCCUUGCUGUCCGGUUACUGGUCGGUUAGGUAGCUCCAACCCAACUAGCCUUCAAAUUUCGGUUGCCCCAGUUAAACCGCGUCGAAACCGAAAACUGGUCGGUCGGUUUGCUGCUAACCGAGGUUGGUUGGACGGUCGGUCGACGACAGCAGUUGAUCGUGUCUCGACAGCAGUUAAAUCGAAACCGACCGACUGCCACCCUAUGUUGACUAACUAAUGUCAUUCUUUGUUGCACCCUAACUACCACCAUAAUAAAUCUGCUACAACCAUAUUCCAGAAUAGGACACAUUAUUAGGAACUUAUCCAACUGUCAUGACAGGAGAGGAACCGUAAGCAAAAUAUGGUAUCGCAAUUUGUCAUAUAAAAAUCUUUACUUAUUAGUCAGUUUAAUAUUGAUUUUGCAGUUUGAUCUGUGCAGCAGGAAGGAUGACUAUAAAUAUUCUUAUUCUCGUUCAGAAGGACAGGCAGGACACAGCAUUUAGCAAGCGCAUCUUUUAUCUGUUUAUGCAGCCGCCCACAAGCUAGGCAACUGAACCAUGACAUAUCUUUUCUUUGUAUACUUUGUCUCUAAGUAUAUCCUCUCUUGUACCCGAGAUAAUCCUCUGAUUAGUAAAUAGUAUAUGAUCAAUUAUUUAAUAUCUUUUAACGAUUUGAGUUGUUGGUGUCAACUGGUUCUUAACAUGGUAUCAGAGAGGUCUUUUGUUCAAAUCCCCGUAACCCCAUAUGCUUUCUGUUAAGCAGAUGGUGUCCGAAUCUGUACAAACUUCAAACCCUUCUGUGACCGAAAUGUCCUCUGUUCGAAUCCCGAUGACCCUUCAUCUCAACAUCAUCAAUCAUUGUUUUCAAUAAAAUCAAUCUUUAAAU